UCCUCGAGAGUGCGCAAGCUUGACAGCAUAAUGCGCGCUCUCGUGUUCCCCCGGAUGCGUGUUUACUCGGUCUCCUCUCUCCACCCUUGAAAUGAGAGAGGUACGGAGUGGAAGGGACAUCGUUUUACAAGAAAACCUCCACGAACAAGAUCAAGACCGGUCGACAGACGAGGGCGAAGCGCGAAGAGUCAAGGUGUAGCGCGUGGAUACAUUGAUUUGACACCAAGGUCAAUUAUCUUUUUAUAAAUAAUUUAAAAAAAAACUUCAGACACGGAGAAUUCACGAACCUCUGAGGAUGGAGCAGGCAUACGGGGCUGGCAAGGCUGGUGGUACCUUCGAUCCAAUUACGUUCUUUCAGCAACCGCAGGCUAUUCUUCGCAUAGUGUCAUGGAUCUUUUCCAUUGUGAUCUUUGGAUGCAUUGCUAAUGAGGGCUAUGUGAACCGUCCGGACGAGGUGGAGGAGUAUUGCAUCUUUAACCGUAACCAGAAUGCCUGUAACUAUGCCGUGGGUAUGGGAGCCGUGGCCUUCCUCUGCUGUGUCGCUUUUAUGGCACUGGAUGUCUACUUUCCUCAGAUAAGCAGCAUCAAAGACCGCAAGAAGGCUGUGUUAGCUGAUAUUGGCAUUUCAGCCUUCUGGUCUUUCGUGUGGUUUGUGGGAUUCUGCUUCCUGGCCAAUCAGUGGCAGGUGGCUAAACCAGAAGAUAACCCCCUCAAAGAGGGUGGUGACGCAGCCAGAGCGGCCAUCACCUUCGCCUUCUUCUCCAUAUUUACUUGGGGUGUUCUUACGCUGCUGGCCCUGGAGCGUCUAAAGAAAGUCUCCUUUGAAGAGGAAUAUGACAAACUGUUCACCCCUCAUACGCCACCUCCAUUUGUCUAACAUUUACCCCACACAUACUUAUUUGUUUACUAUGCCAUAGACAUCAACUACAGAAUCACCCCUUAAAAAAUCUUACAAUCAUGGGUACUAAUGAAGAUGUGAUGUUUUUUGAUAUGAUAUAUGUUUUUUUGUUUGUUUUUUGUUUUUUUAUUACAGUGCCAUAUCAAGCCCCGAACUUCCUUGUGCGAACUGGGAAGAGUUUUAAAUAACAUAUUACAUAUAUCUUGGAAUAAUGAAAUUAUGACAACAUGAUCUACAGUAAGAUGAUCUGAUUUUCACCUUUCAGUCUAUUCCAGCGUUUAUCAUACAAGUAAAGAUCGGGGUUAAAGGUACACUACUUUUCAAAAAUGUGGGUUCAGUAAGAUUUUUUGAAAGAAAUUAAUACUUUUUUCAGCAAGGAGGCAUUGAAUUACCCAAACAUGGAAGUGAAUUCAUUUAUAAUGUUAGGAAAUA